UCCCGAGUGUAACUGUUUGGAUUUGCUCUUCUUAUUGAGUAUUUUCCGUUUCGGAUACCGGUAUCUUCAACCAUGUAACAACUUAUUAAGCCACGCAAGUUGAGCGAUGCAAUGAUGACUUUUAAUAGAAGUAAUAAUCUGUAAUUCAUGUAAUUAACUGAUAUCUUGACGAUUUUUUUACAUUUAAUUUAUUCAACCUUUUCGCAUGAAGAUGUUUCAAAACGAUUUCACUGCCUGUGGAUGCCUUAUAUUGAGUUUUGUCCAGUUACUUGUGACACCCGUCAUCUCUCAAUACCAAGGAGGCUCUCACCAUCAUGCACAACAAGUUCCAUAUGGUCAACCAGCUCAAGUACAGCAAGCUCAACAUUAUGGCCAACCAGCACAGCCAGGGCAAAAUUUAUUACAUGAUAAAGCUAGAAUACAAGACCGUGAACAUAUAAAAGAACAUUUAGGUGGUAUUAUUGGUGACCCAGAUUUAGGUAAAAUGUCUGAGGAGGAAUUGCAAUUUCAUUAUUUCAAAAUGCAUGAUAGUGAUAAUAACAACAAGCUUGAUGGUAGCGAAUUGAUUAAAUCUCUGAUUCAUUGGCAUGUUGAAGAACAUAAACAUCUUGGUCAAAAUGCCCCGCCUGGUGGCACGACAAAAAUUUUUACAGAUGCUGAACUUUCCAAUAUGAUUGAUCCUAUUUUACAAAUUGAUGACCGUAAUAUGGACGGUUUCAUUGAUUAUCCAGAAUUUGUGUUGGCUCAAAAAGGUCGAGGGCUUUAGUUAAUUUUUUGUUAAUCUUUGAGUAUUACAUGUAUUAAAAACUCAAUUUUUAUCUGUUUAA